AGCACCUGUCAGGCGCUCCGCGGCGCGCGGCUCCCACGCACUAGCUGAAUCUCUCGCGCUCUCAUCAGAAGCAUUGAACUACAGCAGUCGCGAGCAGCUCCGAACACCGACGCUCCGUCAUUUCCAUCAGUUGUAGGGAAUUCUUUAUCAGGGAAACCGUGCUGAAGCGAAGACUUCCGAAUCACUAAACGCCACAACCGUACUUUCACCAUGGACCCCAUCAACUGCUCAUCAGUGGAUCUCUCUGAUGUUCUGGCCAGCAAGAUGAGUCCCAGUAAGAUCCUCCUCUCCCUGACUCUCUCCUUCCUGGCUGUGGCGACCACCGCCAUCAACUCCCUGGUCAUCACUGCUAUCCUGAUCACCCACAAACUCCACCAACCAGCCAACUACCUCAUCUGCUCUCUAGCUGUGACAGACCUUCUAGUAGCUGUUCUGGUGAUGCCCGUCAGCAUUGUGUACAUAACAGAAGAGACGUGGGUUCUCGGUCCGAUCGUGUGUCACCUUUGGUUGGGUGUUGACGUUACGUGCUGCACUUGCUCAAUUUUACACCUAGCCGCCAUUGCCCUUGAUCGAUACCGCGCCAUUACCGAUGCCGUGGCCUAUUCCCAGAAACGCACAUAUAAAAGAGCAAUCAUAACCAUUUUGGCCCUGUGGACACUGUCUGUGCUGGUGUCUCUACCACCUUUAGUGUUGAGGAAAUUCCCUUUGGAACACAAAGAUGGGGAAAGGGAAGUCAUGGACUGCUUGAUUGAGCACGACCAUGUGGCUUUCACUGUCUAUUCCACUUUCGGAGCAUUCUAUAUUCCACUGACCCUCAUUUUGGUUCUGUACUACAAGAUCUACAAGGCAGCAGAGACGCUGCGUAACCGUCGAGGGAGCAGCCGAUUAGUCAAACAGACAGUGAGCAGCGUCUUGCUUCCUGGAAUGAGCUCAGAUAAAGACAUUGCCCUCAGUCCCGACACAUUCUGCCCAGUCGAGAAGUCAUUUUCCGAUCCGGCGACAGAUGGGGAAAGGGUGCGUAUUACUUCUUCAUCAGGUAAUCUCAUCAAAGUCCGCAGGAACCCAGGGGCCAGGGAGAGACGGGCAGCUUUGACAUUAGGACUAAUCCUGGGAGCCUUCGUGGUUUGUUGGUUACCGUUCUUCCUGAAGGAGGUGAUUGUGAAUAUUUGCCCGAACUGCAGCACUUCCGCUGUACUCGCAGAUUUCCUCACCUGGCUCGGAUACCUCAAUUCCCUCAUCAAUCCGCUAAUAUACACCAUCUUUAAUGAGGACUUUAAGAAAGCAUUUAAAAGACUUCUGCCCCUCUGCUGCAGCAAUAUCCUGUGAAACUGACUGGGAGGGAAAGACAAAUAUGUGGUUUUAAGGGACAAAACUUGCAAAUAACAAUGACAAUCCUGUCAUACUGUAAAUCACUAGGCUUCUGCAAGAAUGAUACAUCUUUCAGAGACAUUUCAUCAGUAUAUUGUUUAUGUAGUGCUUUGGAACAUGAGGGCAUGUAAAAAAAAAAACAUUUGCUCCACUUAAUUUCAGUAUUUUUGAAAUAGAGGAUUUUAUAUAAAAUUAAAAAGCAUCUGGUGCACAAAUGUUAUGUAAAUCGACUCCACCAAUGUUUGGCUGGUUAGCAUGGUCCAGUUGCCCCUACUGACAUAUUGUAACUACACCAUCUGGAUCCCAAAAUAAUUUUUCUUCAUUAACAGCCAUUCAAAAGU